AUGUCUCAAAUAAAUAAAAACGAAAAUAACAAAAAUAUUGCAUUAACAAUCGAGAAAAAAAUAGAAAAUUGGAAAUUUUGGAAUUAUUUUCGCAAUAAACAAAACACAAAUAAUGAUUUAGAAAAUGGAAGCCAUGAUUUACGUAGAAAAAUUAUUGAAAAUAUUCACGGACGUGUUAAUCCAGGUGAAAUUCUCGCUAUAAUGGGACCAUCUGGAUGUGGUAAAACAACUCUAUUAAAUCUUCUCGGAAAUAGAGUAAAUAGUAAAAAUGUUGAAGGGACAAUACUUAUGAAUGGUCAUAAACCUACAAAAGAUUCAAAACGAUUUGUGUCUUAUUGUACACAACAUGAUAUAUUCUUUCCUCAAUUGACAGUACGAGAGACUUUAAAAUAUACCGCUUUAUUGCGUCUUCCACGUAUAAUGUCAAAACGUGACAAAUUAAAGCAAGUUGAAAAUGUGAUUCAACUAUUGAAUCUGUCUAAAUGUUCAAACACACUGAUUGGAAAUAGUGGAUCUGGAGGUAUUUCAGGCGGUGAAAGAAAACGUGUUAGUAUUGCAAGCGAAUUGUUAACGGAUCCUAGCAUUAUAUUAUUGGAUGAACCGACCUCGGGACUUGAUUCUUCGUUGGCUUUAGAACUCACAAACAUUUUAAAAACUUUUGCAUUAAAACAUUCUAAAACAAUCAUUAUGGUUAUUCAUCAACCAUCCUCACAAGUAUUUGAGCUUUUGGAUAAAUUACUACUAAUGGCCGAUGGUCGCAUGGUAUAUUUUGACGACCAAAAGAAAAUAGUAGAUUAUCUUGCGAACGAAGGAUUCAAAUGUCAGUCUAAUUUCAAUCCUGCCGAUUAUAUAUUGGAAUUAUUAAACGACGAUAAAAGUAAAAAAAAAUUAAUAAAGUCUUAUGCCGAAAAAAUAAGUAACGAUCCACAAGGAAAAGAAAAAGUUACAAUUCCAUCAAAUAAACGAAUAACAGUUGAAUAUCGCUGGGAGGCUACAUUUUCACAACAGAUAAAGAUAUUAGCAGAAAGAUCUUUUAAACAACAAAAAGGUGUAAUUUUGUCAAAAAUUAAUGUUAUACAAACAAUUGUUUUGGGAAUUGUUGUUAUUUUAGUUUGGUUACGAAUACCUUUUGAAGAACAAAACCUUAGUGAUAGAUAUGAUAUUGAGAUGUUAUCUAAAGAAAGACAAUCAAGGUCCUAUCGAUUAUCUUCGUAUUUCAUAGCAAAACAAUUGGCCGAAUUGCCGUUAAUAUUACUACAUCCAGCAGCAUUCGUUAUUAUGACCUAUUCGGCAACUAAUUUAUUACCUUAUGCUGAUAGUUUUUUCGCUUAUUUGUUCGCAAUGUUAUUAACGAGUAUAACCGCUCAAAGUUUUGGUUAUUUAUUUGGUGCAGCUCUAUUAGAUAUUCGAAAAAGCAUAUCUGUUUCCACGAUAUUUGUCUUGACGUCUAUGUUAUUGAGUGGUUUCUAUGUACAAAAUUUACCUUACGGAUUAGAAUGGUCACAAUAUCUUUCGUUCAGUCGUUAUUCAUACUCCUUAUUAAUGUUGAUUCAAUUCGGCACAAGUCGAUCAUAUUUUAAAUGUUCAUCUUUUGGUGAAAAAAGCGAUUACAGCGAAUGUUUAAAUCCAAAUUCAAAUGCUAUUUUACCUGGUGUUUCUGUAUUAGAUAGACUUCAUUUACAUGACUUGAAAUGGUUUGAAGAUGUUAUAAUAUUGAUUUUGAUUUGUAUUGGAAUAAGAAUUUUAUCUUAUUACGCUCUAAGAAGAUCGACUAAAUUACGUUGA